AUGCCUCAGCUGUGUCCCUGGCUGUCCAGGAAGUCCUGCCCUCAAGGAGCUCCCAGCCUGAAGCCCCUCAAAGCCUUGGGUCCCCCUGUAUUUGUCCUCUCCAUCUUCCUAGCUUCUUCCCACCCUGGGGACCUGCGGGGAGGAGCCGCCCUGUCGCAGACAGGGUCCCGGCUGGCUGACUUCCACGCCAAUUGUCGUGCCUCCUACCAGACGCUCACCAGCUGCCCUGCCGACAAUUACCAGGCGUGUCUGGGCUCGUACGCUGGCAUGAUUGGGUUUGAUAUGACACCCAACUACGUGGACUCCAGCCCCACUGGCAUCGUGGUGUCCCCCUGGUGCAGUUGUCGUGGGAGUGGGAACAUGGAGGAGGAGUGUGAGAAGUUCCUCAGGGACUUCACUGAGAACCCGUGCCUCCGGAAUGCCAUCCAGGCCUUUGGCAACGGCACAGAUGUGAACCUGUCCCCUAAGAGCCCCUCAUUCCAGGCCACACAGGCCCCUCGGGUGGAGAAAACACCUUCUUUGCCAGAUGACCUCAGCGAUAGCACCAGCCUGGGGACCAGCGUCAUCACCACCUGCACAUCUGUCCAGGCUUCCGUGAAGUCUGUGUCCUAAUUCCCAGGACCUGUGAAUAUGGUGAUCGCACGGCAAGCGGGGAUGAAGGUUGCAGAUGGAGUUAAGGUUGCUAAUCAGCUGAGAUGGGCCCGGAUUACCCGCGGGGCCUAAUGUCAUCACAAGAUCUCUUGAACUGUGGAAGGCGCAGGCAGAAGAAGCAGAGCCAGAGAGAGAUCGAAAGAUGCCUUCUUCUGGCUCUCAAGACGGAAGGGGCCAGAAGUCAGGAGCCAGGAACACAGGUGGCUUCUGGA